AAAACGAGACGGCUCGUUUCACAAGUUGCAAUCGACUCGCUUCGCCUACGGUAUAUUUCGGAUUUCGGAAUUCUCUCCGGUCUUGUGUGGUUGGGUGUGUCGCUGUUAUACAAAAGAAUCUCAACAUGAGCGGACAACAAUACUACCCUUACAAGUGCACCCCCACGGUGUACCCCGCGGAGCCUUUCGACCCGGCCGCGGAUGCCGAGACCCUUCGCAAGGCUAUGAAGGGCUUCGGCACCGAUGAGAAGGCUAUCAUCGACGUGCUCUGCCGCCGCGGCAUCGUGCAACGCCUCGAGAUCGCGGAGACCUUCAAGACCAACUAUGGCAAGGACUUGAUUAGCGAACUCAAGAGUGAACUCACCGGCAACUUGGAAAAUGUCAUCGUCGCAUUGAUGACUCCCCUGCCCCACUUCUACGCUAAGGAGCUCCACGAUGCUGUCUCAGGAAUUGGAACCGACGAAGAAGCCAUCAUCGAGAUCCUGUGCACGCUUUCCAACUAUGGUAUCCGUACCAUCUCCGCAUUUUACGAACAACUGUACGGCAAGAGCCUAGAAUCGGACUUAAAAGGCGACACGUCGGGACACUUCAAGAGAUUGUGCGUGUCGUUGUGCAUGGCCAACCGCGACGAAAACCAGGGCAUCGAUGAAGGCUCAGCCAAAGCCGACGCUGAAGCACUAGCCGCCGCUGGUGAAGGUCAAUGGGGUACCGACGAAUCAAUCUUCAACUCCAUCCUUAUCACUCGCUCCUAUCAGCAGCUGAGACAGAUCUUCGCCGAGUACGAAGCUUUGACCGGAAAAGACAUUGAGGACUCGAUCAAGAAAGAAUUCUCUGGUAGCAUUGAGAAGGGCAUGCUUGCUAUUGCCAAAUGCGUAAAGAGCAAGGUCGGUUUCUUUGCUGAGCGCCUGUACUACUCGAUGAAGGGCAUCGGCACCAACGACAAGACGCUCAUCCGCAUCGUGGUGAGCCGCUCCGAGAUCGACCUAGGGGACAUCAAGCAAGCAUUCCUCGAGAAGUACGGCAAGUCCCUGGAGACCUGGAUCGCUGACGAAAUCGCUGGUCCCCUCGGCGACCUCCUCUCGACAAUGUGUUACUAGGCCGCUAGGCGUUAACACCGUAUUACCACCGCCAUAACUGCAGCGCUGUGUGGAGUAAUACUGCAUUAUACACGCAUAGUUCACAAUUAAGACGGGACUUCUUUGGGAUAAUUGUUAAAAUAUAUAAUAUACAGGCAUUGUGCCCGUUUGAAGUUCAGUUUUAAUUGCAAACCGAAUAUUCGAAUAAUGAGAGUUCUCGGUCACGUUAUAUACGCCUUAUGUAAUCCAUUAUACUUACGCGUAUCGCAUUGCAUAAAUGUAAGCUAUUUUUGUAAGAAUUUAUUGUGAUCACACAUUCACCCAAGCCGCAGUGUGCACGUCGCGUGUUUGAAACUAUGGGCCAGUUUUGUUUCCAUUGCCGUUUUUGUUCCGCUAACUUUACUGCAUAGCAUUUUUUUCGGUCUUUGUUUACAGGAAGACCUAACGGGUGACUUCAAGCAUGUGUUGGUCACGCUAAGUGCUUAAAUCCUACAAAAAUAAUUAUUAUACGAUUGUUUAUUUUUAUAAUAUUGUUUUGUCGCGCUUGACGCAUGUGAAUUACGGUAGUUACAAAGUACGAUGUGCAAUUUGCAGGACGAUACGAAAGGAGACUUCAAACGCGUGUUACUCACCCUUGUUUCGUAAGAGCAUAAUAAUAAGACUACAAAUGUCUCCAGCAACUGCCUUUUCAAUGUGUAAAUGAGAUAUGUCUUAGAAAUUAUAGCUUGAUAUUUUUGUGAAAAUGAGAUAUUUAUUGGUGCUGUAGUAUUGUUUACAAUCUACAUUAUAUUUAUUAUUGAUUAAACUCUGUCUAUGUUC